CGCCGUGCUGAUCCACAGGAGGAACAUUACACCUGAAGCAAUCCUUGCUUACGCUUAUAUGUUUUGGUGAACGCCUAUAAAAGAAGCUAGGCCUGAAGCCUAGCAAGUUGUAGGCUGUGACACCUUGUGCAGGCAGGUUCAGAUGCGCAAGUUUAGGUUUCUUAUGAUAGAAUCUAUUUAUCUGUAUUUGAGUUCUAGACUUGACAUGAGUACUUAUAUUUUCUUCAGUUUAUAAGUAUGAGUGUGGGGUCCGUGGCGUGUACUUAAAAGAAAUAAGAUUCAGAUACGCACAAAAGGAGCAGAGGGUGACCAGCUUCUGCGGCACACACAUCGUCUGUCGUCCUGCCGCGCGCCCACGGUGUCGCCUCGCGCGCUUCGUCUUCUUUACGCGGGCGGGAAGGGGAAAAGGCUGGGCUCCGGUCCUUGCUUGCGUAUCCCGUCCCGCGCCUUGCUUUCCCGAGCUCGUUCGCUUUCUUCCUCGCAUCCGUUUCCAUACCUCAAGUAGCCAUGGGAGGAGCCUGGACAUAACGUUAGGCGGUCGCAGAGGAUUGCAGUAAGAGUCAGCAGCAUGGGGAUCGGGAGGUGGCAGGGUGCUGCUGUGAUCCUUGGGCUCCUGCAAGUCCUCCUCCUCUUCCACUUGGCAACGUCGCAGUCGUUCAUCGGCGUCAACUACGGGACAAUCGCCGACAACCUGCCGCCGCCGGCGUCGACGGCCAGCCUCCUCAUGUCGACGUCCUUCGGCAAGCUCCGCCUCUACGAGCCCCAGCCGGACCUCAUCGCCGCGCUCGCGGGCUCCAACAUCUCUAUCCUCCUCGGCGUGCCCAACGGCGACGUCCCGAACCUCGCGUCUUCCCCGGCCGCCGCGGCGUCCUGGGCCGCCGCGAACAUCCCCACCACGGUGCCCGUCUCCGCCAUCUCCGUUGGCAACGAGCUGCUCAACUCCGGCGACCCCACCCUCGCGCCCCAGCUCCUCCCCGCCAUGCAGAACCUCCUCGCUGCGCUCCCUUCUGGCUCAACCACCAAGAUCUCCACCGUUCAUUCCAUGGCCGUGCUCUCGUCGUCGGACCCGCCGUCCUCUGGCGCGUUCCACCCGGACCUCGCCGGCAGCCUCGACCCGGUGCUGGACUUCCUGCACCAGAACGGCGCACCGUUCAUGAUCAACCCGUACCCCUACUUCGCGUACACCUCCGACACGCGGCCGGAGACGCUGGCGUUCUGCCUGUUCCAGCCCAACCCGGGCCGCGUCGACGCCGUGUCCGGGCUCACCUACAUGAACAUGUUCGACGCGCAGCUCGACGCCAUCCGCGCGGCGCUGGACGCCAAGGGGUACAGCGACGUGGACAUCGUCAUCGCCGAGACCGGGUGGCCGUACAAGGGGGACGCCGACGAGGCCGGCGCCACGGUGGACAACGCCAAGGCGUACAACGGCAACCUCGUGGCGCACCUCAAGUCGCAGGUCGGCACGCCGCGGACGCCCGGAAAGUCGGUGGACACGUACAUCUUCGCGCUCUACGACGAGGACCUCAAGCCCGGGCCGGUGUCGGAGCGGUCGUUCGGUCUGUACCAGACUGACCUGACGUCGAACUACGACAUCGGGCUCGUGAAAGGUGGCAGCACGGCGGCUCCGGCCAGUUUAACUCCAGCUCCGGCACAGGGUAUACCACGGCCGAGCAAGGGGGCGACGCCGACGGGGUUCUGCGUGACGACGGCCGGAGUGCCGGGCAGCACCCAAGGUCAACAGGUGCCGCAGAGCAGCUCGUGCUACAUCCCGGCAGGAGCCAUGUCGCGGCGAGCUGACGCCGGCACAUGGCAGCUUGUUUGGUUUGGUGUUUUGCUGUGCGUGGCAAUGGUAGCCGGCAAGUAGCUACAGCCAGUAUGUCAUCGGCUAAAAGCGAACAAGUGCAGGCUUUUGUGACCACACUCGCUUAUGCACAUGAAUUCACCACCAGAUUAGAUUUUGCGAAA